CGGAGUAUACGAUGAAAGUGAAUACUUCUAUCAAAUAAAUUAACGCCCAAAAGUGGUUCGAUGCUUCUAUACAGCCGAAAGAAGGUACGCUACCGGCGCGAUGGGUACUGUUGGAAGAAGCGGAAAGACGGAAAGACCACCAGAGAAGACCAUAUGAAACUCAAGGUGCAGGGGACAGAGUGCAUCUACGGAUGCUACGUCCAUUCAGCCAUCCUGCCGACAUUCCAUCGAAGAUGUUACUGGCUAUUACAGAACCCUGACAUAGUCCUGGUACACUACUUGAACGUGCCAUACCCAGAUGAUAAUAAGCUCGCAACCGUGGCUCCCAGCCUCGCGCUAUGGGCUGACAAGAAGGAAUGGACUAAGGAUGAACUUGUCAGCCAGCUGAAACCAAUGUUCUUCAGCGAAGAUGAAUCUGAUCUUAAUAGCGAUUUGGAAAUAUCGGGGAAAAUGUUUCAGACGGCGGAGACAGUUGAAGCAAUUGUUGGACAACUGAUGGAGAAACAACGAGCAGCGAGAGCUGCUGCUUUAGCUCGACAGCUAGAGUGUGGUUGCCCGGAUUCCACCUGUCAAGACUCGAGGACGUGCGCUCACCCAUUACGGAGAAUGCAAACUGCUAAACCUCCUGCUUCUGAUCACCACGUAUCGUCUACUACGGGUCCGUCACCGAGACCGAUGGCGCAGCCACCCAGACAAUACACACGAGAUCAUCGACCCUCAACACAGUCGUCACCGUUGUUGCUUUCUUUGGGUCAAAUACAAGGAGGGGGUGGCUUACUCAUUUUGAAUGGAACGAGUAAUAGUUCUCAACAACAUUCAUCGUUAGUAUCUCCGCUCUCUGUAACAUCUUUUGUGUGUGAAGAACCAAGAGACAGGUAUCGACAGCAAUACAAACCAACGUUUGUUUUAAAAAGAGAAAUUCCAGAUAGUCAGCAGACUACGACACUGAGUGCGACGGAGUCCACGUUUGAAAUAGAAACUCGAGUUGAAGAAAAAGUAGAGGUAGAUAACUUUGAUAGGAAAAUAAAAAUGGAGCCAAGAAGUCGGAACCAUAUAGUGGCGAGUGCACCAACGACACCGUCUCGGUAUCCUGAUUUAGUUGAACGCUUAGAAAGUAAAGUGCAAGUUGAAAACUGUGAUGAUACAUUAAUUUUGUUAGGUACGGACGGCCAUUUAGAAACUUCUAGUGGAUUUUUUGACGAGACUCUGGAAUUAUCUCAUGAGGAUAUACAGAAAACAUUGUCAGCAAAUAUGCCAACUUGUGAGUUGGAUCGUAGUGUUGUAAGAUCGUCUGAGACAGCUAAUGUAAUGGUAUCUGGUAUAGAUACAAUGGACUUUAUAGAGAGUUGUGAAGCCGUAGCAUCGCCUACUCAUGUUGUAGAUGACAAUGUGUUUGUGAAUCUGGACGCUUUUGACAUGCUUGGUGAUUUUCCGGAAUUGGAAGUACUAGAUCCGAGUGCUAUAUCAACGAACCCUGUGAAUUAUCUUUCGUUUCAGACUUUAUGUGGAAAUUCACCACCAGCUGAAGAGAAUAAUGAUAAGAUGCAAACUGACAGUCCAGGUGAAGGGGCUCUUAACAUCACAGAUUAUUCUCCAGAAUGGGCGUAUCCAGAAGGAGGCGUAAAAGUACUAGUAGCAGGACCUUGGACCGACACUUCAGAUCAAUAUACCAUACUCUUUGACAAUUUUCCGGUUCCCUCGAUUUUAGUACAGAACGGUCUUCUUAGAUGCUAUUGUCCUGCCCAUGAAGCUGGUUUAGCUGCGCUACAAGUAGCUCGCGGGGGUCGCGUUGUGUCGGACACGGUAGUGUUUGAGUAUAAAGCUGGUCCAGUUCUCGCACCGUCGUCACCAGCUUCAGCACCCUUGCCAUCAUUGGAUUUUAGACGUUUCUCGCUGCUGCAGCGCUUGCAACGACUACAUGGUCGUUUGCAGUUGAAAACAGAACCGAUGGAUGAUAAUAAUCAGAUAGAAGACGUUCAACUGUACUCCAAUCCAAAAUUUGAAGACCGCUUAGUAACAUUUUGCCAGGUGCUAAGCAGUCGGUCUUUUGGCAAUUCAGAGGGAUUUACUACGGAUCCCGGUGAAGACAGUUCAACUAUACUGCAUUUAUCUGCAGCAUUGGGCUAUACAAAACUUACAACAGCACUCUUGCGAUGGAGACAAGAUGAUAACAGCUUAGCUUUAGAAAAGGAAGUAAAUCUGGGUGCGAGAGAUUGUGAUAAUUGCACACCAUUGAUGGUAGCGAGCGCAGCGGGUCACGUGGAGACAGCGGUGGUGUUGGCUCGCUGGAGCGCCGGCACGCGGCGCGAGGCGGGGGCGCGCGCCGCCGCUGCUGCCGCGCGCCGCGCCGGACACACGCGACUCGCCGCCAUACUAGACCGCAUACAUCCUCCCACCGGUGACGCAGUAUUUCGGAGACCGCAUAGCUUAUCCCAAAAAAGUCGGGCCGGAAGCUUAGAAAGUAAUCUGGUCAAGCGGCCAUCAAUCGAUAGUGGCAUCAAUAUGGCCGAUGCCUUCAGAGCUAGUUCUGCUAUAGACAGGAAUGAUAGCAGUUCUUCUGCUAGAUGGGAAAGAAGCAUGUCGUUACCUUUAGACUCUGAUAAUUCUGAAGAUAGUCUAGGUGAUUCUAAAAUGGGACGACGGAUGGAUCUCGCCCUCUGCGAGACGGCGGCGCGGCGCGCGAGCCCGCUCAUUGACGUGGAGGCGCUGUCGCCGGCCUCGCCCGCGCCGCACCCGCCCGCAGGGGAGCAGGAUGACAGAGUGUUCACAUUGGCAGAACAGAUCAUUGCCGCUAUGCCAGAACGAAUAAAGAACGAGACGUCUUCCCUGUUAAACGGCUGCGACCUAGACAACGGCACAGGGGGCAGCGAAGACGCACUGAUGGUACCGCUCCUCGACGACACCACCACUUUUAGUACUGAGUUCAGCUUUGAGUUCUGUGACAAUACUUACAGAGUUUUGCCCAGAUACUGUGGUGGUUCAACCCCGUGUUCAUCUGGGUCAGUAUCGCCAGGAUCUGCGCUGUCACCUCCACCUGCGUCACCGCGCAAUUCACUACCAACGACAUCGGCUACUCUGCAAGAAUUUUUAAACACUACUACACAUUUUUCAAGUCUUACUCUUAACGAUCGUGAGCAACGCGAGUUGUAUUCCGCCGCUAUAACCAUCCAGAAGGCUUAUCGUCAAUAUCGCGGACGACAGCUUCAGCGACGCGCCGCCGCUGCCGCAAUCACUAUCCAGAAUUGUUAUCGGCGGUACAAGCAGUUCGCGUAUUUGAAGCAGAUGCACGCCGCGGCGACAGUCAUUCAACGCGGCUACCGUUCACACCGGGAGCGACGACUUGUCGCCAAUCCCGUCAAACGGACAUAUUCCCAAAGACGACAAAAUCAGGCAGCGAGAAAAAUUCAACAAUUCAUGAGACAGUCCAAGAUCAAGUUGCAGAGCGAGCGAGCCGAAAACGUGAAGGUGGCCCGGCUGUCCCAGGAUGCCCGCCAAAACUUGUCGCAGCCCACCACCAGUACAGCACCCACGCCUAAUAGGAUCAUUGACUACUUAGCACCUGAAUCACCGAUGGACGCAGAUGAUGACCUUCUGAUCGAGCUUCUGUUUAAAAUGUGACCUGACCCAGAGCUGCAGUUUAUUCUUGCUUUCAAAUACCUUGUUUUGGGUAAAAUUAUUUCUCGAAUGUUUGAAAAAAUAUCGAAUGAAUCUAAAUUUUUUAAAUACAUUAUUUAUAAGUACAAUUGCCGGAGUCAGGAUCGAAUUUCAUUUUACGGGCUUUACGUCGAUUUUGCAAUUCAAAUUCUACACCUACUUCUGUUAUAAGAAAAAAAAAAUGAACCAUCGGUUUUAUGACUCUUAAAACGACAUACUGCCUUCAUUUAGUCAUUUGAAAUCAUCACCAUCUUACUAUAAAGUACUUAUUUUCCACUGACAGGAUUUAAAGAAGUUGUGACGUAACUCAGGACUUGAAUUUUAAAAAUUCCAAUAUUUUUGUCGUAUCUUCAUUGUA